AUGGUCGUUUUAGAAGUUUUCAUCUGUAUCGUCAUUCUUUUCGUUCUUCUUCUGGUGCUCUUCAUCGGAUUCUUUGCCGUUUCAGAUUCUACUCUGAAUCUCUUCUUAUGUGAAAAAUUCGGCUAUUCUGAAGGUCAGCAUUUCGUUGGUAAAGUAAUCUGGGUGAUCGGUGCGAGCAGUGGAAUUGGUGAAGCUGUCUGCAAGCGAUUAGCUUCAAAUUAUCAGUGCCGUCUUAUCAUCUCGGCAAGACGUGAAAACAACCUUGAAGUUGUUGCACGAUCAUGCACCAAAUUUGGUCACUUGUCCGCAGAAGAUAUUUACGUUCUACCUUUGGAUAUUACCAAAUUUGAUACAUUCGAGCAGAAAGUGGAUCUUGCGAAUUCAUAUUUCAAUCGUCAUGUUGACAUAAUAUUGCUGUGUAGCGGUCAAUCACAACGUGCCGAAUGGCAUGAAGUAGAGGCAAGCGUGGAUGAACAAUGCUAUCGAGUGAAUGCACUCGGACCAACUGUUUUGUCACGUUUCGCAAUUCGACACCACCAGAAACAUUCCCUCAAGUCAGAACUUCAAUUCAUUGUGAUCAGUUCAAUUUGUGGUAUCGUUCCGGCCCCGUUAUCGCCAUCGUAUACGGCCGCAAAACAUGCACUUAUGGGUUAUUUCCGUCUUUUGAAUCUCGAGUACUCGGACUCGAGGAUUAGUGCUACAAUUGUAUGUCCAUCACUAACCUAUUCACCCAAUAAUGUUUUCAAUGCUUUCACGGGAAUACCGGGAAAGAGGAACGAAGAAAUAAUCACUGAACAGUCGGCAAAGCAUAUGAGUUGUGAGCGUGCAGCUGAACUGAUCCUCGUGGCCGGUGCGAAUCAUCUUGCCGAAGUAUCGCUGUCCAAAACCGCUUUACCAUUGCUAUUUGCUUACUCGUUUACGCUCUGCCCGGACAUAACUUUCAGGAUGAUUCGUGCUAUCGGCUCGAAGUAUAUUCGAAAAAUGAGAACGGGUGCUGACUGA